AUGGACUACUGCGCCGACGACAUUUUGCUUAAUGGCUAUGAACGCAUGUGUCUCGCCAUCUCCUCCCUUCCGACGCUGGAGGAGAAAGACAUUCCUCUCGACGAGUCGUGCCCCAUUUGUUUGAAUUCAUUCAAGAGCAUCCAUGAAGGAGAAACACAGAGUGAUGGUGCACUGGUUGGCCUCUUGGUUCAUCCCAUAGAACUCAGAGGCGUCACAAAGUUGGAGGGUUGCGGUCAUGUCUUCUGUCGUGUCGAUCUCAUUGAGUGGAUAAGGGGUCGGCACGGUACCUGCCCGGCAUGCCGCCACCAGUUCGCCAACAUUCGCCCUCUCACAGAAUCGGAUUACGAAUCUUCCGACGGGGAAUAUGUACCUGGCGAAGAUGACGAAGAAGAGGAUGACGGCUUUUUGGACACUGAUGACUUCGACGGCGACGACUUUGAGUUUGAUGUUGACGAGAUGGAUUUAGACCAGUCCGAGGAGCUAGAGGUCUACCUCGACGUACAUGUCGAGACCGACGGGGAUGUCGAAGUCGACGUCAACGUUGAAGGUGACAACGACGUGACCCACGAAGUCGUCUGGGAGGGUGGCGACGAAGACGACGGCAUGGAGAACUGGGGCUUGAGCGAUGGGGACGGCUCUGAGACGGGGACGAAGCGUUAG